UUGACCUUAGGUACUUUCAAGCAUUGUGCUCUUCGGUCUUUAAGCCAGAAAUCUUUGCAUGCAUGGCUGCACUCGUAUCCAUCCAUGCUCACCCAUCUUUCCUCCAAUUGCAUAUGAGCCGAGCGAGCCAACGAGGCCCCAAAUUAAGCAUCCAUCCAUGGAGCAGCUCCGUCAGGUGGGCGAGGCCCUCGGCGGCGUCGCCGCCCUCAUGGCCUUCCACCACGAGCUCCGCGUCAACCCGCGCCAAUGCCGCCUCCUGGCCGACGCAUGCGCGCUCGCAUUCGACGCCGUCGCCGCCGAGGUGCGCGCCCACCUCCGCUUCGACGACCGCCUCGUCGGCAGGUGGAGGCCCCUCGAGUCCCCGCUCCGCGAGCUCCAGCGCGCCGUCCGCGACGCCGAUCACUACAUCCGGCACUGCCUCGGCGACACGCACGGCGGCGGCAAUACCAGCUGGUGGGCGCGCGCGGUCGUGGCCACGCAUGGCGUCGAGUGCGUUGAGCUGCACAUGCACAGCCUCCUCUGGUGCGUCGCCGUCGUGCUCGAGGCCGUCGAGGUUGCCGCGGAGGCCGCCGCGUCGUCCGACCCCGAUGAGCUCGCCCGAAGCCGGACGCUCUUUGGUAGAGAUUACGACAAAGAUCUCAUUGAUCCGGCCCUGUUCCGGCGAAGCAAGGUCGGCAUGGCAUACUUGUCCACGCAAGAGCUCAUCGCCCGGUUGGACACGGCGUGGAAGGAGGACAGGUGGCUCCUCUCCCAGCUGCUCGACGAAAUGAAACAAGGCUCCUCCAAGCCGAUGUCACGGCACGAGCACCGGCUCGCCGACCUCCUAGCCGCGCCACGUGGAAAGCUGCACCCGGCAUCCGCGCUCCUCGCCGGCGGCGACUUCCACAUACGGCGGCGCCUGGGCGGCAGCCUCAAGGAGGCGCAGUGGAUGGGGGAGGCCAUCGCCGUGAAGCAUUACAUCGGGGUGGACGCCGACGACGCCGCGGUCUGCGCCGAGAUCGCGCUGCUCACCUCCGUGGCGCACCCGAACGUGGCGCACUGCCGGUACUGCUUCCACGACGAGGAGAAGCGCGAGGCGUUCCUGGUCAUGGACCAGCUCAUGGGCAAGGACCUCGGGUGCUACGUCAAGGAGGUGACCGGCGGCGGCAAGCGGACGCCGCGCGCGCCGCUCCCGCUCGUCGUCGUCGUGGACACGAUGCUGCAGAUCGCGCGCGGCAUGGAGCACCUCCACUCAAAGAAUAUAUACCACGGCGACCUCAACCCGUCCAACGUGCUCGUCAAGCAGAGGCACGGCGCCGCCGACGGGUACGUGAUCAUCAAGGUCGCCGGGUUCGGCGGCCACUCCGCCGCCACAGCGACUAGCCCCGCCCGGAAGGCGUCGCAUGCCACCGCCGGAACAAACGCAAACGCAAACGCCAAUGGCAGUGGCAAUGGCGGUGCGAACCCAUGCAUAUGGUACGCGCCGGAGGUACUGGAGAACGACGAGGCCGCGGCGCGGCGCACGGAAAAGGCCGACGCGUAUAGCUUCGGCAUGAUUUGCUUCGAGCUGAUCACCGGCAAGAUCCCGUUCGAGGACAACCACCUGCAGGGGGACAACAUGAGCAAGAACAUCCGCGCCGGCGAGAGGCCGCUGUUCCCGUUCCAGGCGCCCAAGUACCUCACCGGCCUCACCAGGCGCUGCUGGCACGCCGACCCGGCGCAGCGCCCGUCCUUCAGCUCCAUCUGCCGCGUGCUACGCUACGUCAAGCGGUUCCUCGUCCUGAACCCGGAGCAGCAUGAUGCGCCGGCGCCGGCGGUGGACUACCUCGACAUGGACGCGAUGCUGCAGAGGAAGCUCCCGGCGUGGCAGGGCAGCGCGUCGGCGCCUCGCGUGUCCGACGUGCCGUUCGAGAUGUACGCGUACAGGGUGAUGGAGAAGGAGAAGGGCAAGGCGGCACCCGGGAUCCUGCACAUCUCCGACUCCGGCAGCGACGGGAACUCGCUGUGCGGGGACGAGAGCGUCCAUAGCGCCGCGACGCUGCCAGACAUUGCUGAGACAGCCUCGCCCACCACCUGGUCGAGAUCGCUGUCGGCGAGGAGCAGCGGCAGCGGCAGCGGCAGGAUGCCGCCGGCGCUGUCGUCGCCGCGAAGGCCGGCUGGCAGGGCGGCCGCCGCCAAAGCAGAAUGGCGUGCGUUCGUGCGUCUCGCUGCAGGACCGCCGCAGAAGUCGAGGUCGAUGGGGGUGGUACGGCAGCCGCUGCCGCAGCUGCAGGUCAUCCGACGUACGCCGAGGAUAAUGUCCGACGGGCAGUUGCAAGCGGCUGUGAUUCCACAAUCCCGCCGGCGUGGGAACGGUGGUCACGCUUCAGACUCGGAAUUAGCCUAGAAAUGCAAAUGCCAGAUUGUAUCUUGACGA